GUCCGCGCGUUGUUGCUGAUGUGCGACUCUGGGGAUUUGAAUCUGACAUUAGAUGAGAUUACUAAGCUGAAAAAAGCAUUUAAAGACCCUGAAUUUCAGAAACUAUUCAGAGAAUAUGCGGAAGAAAUAUCAGAUCCUGCUAACAAGAAAAAAUAUGAAGACGAGAUACGGAUGAUGGAAUUAGAGCAAGGGAUGGAUGUAGUAUUUGUCAAUCCUACUCCAGGACACUGUUUGAAAACGCGUCAUUGGCCAAGUGUUCCUCAGUAUCUCGAAAGUGGAAUCACUUUAAAUGCAAAAGAUGAAUCGGCCCAAGAAAGUGUGAAGGUUUUCAUAAAUGUCUGCAAAUCUGACAAAGUGGAAUGUCCAGAAAUUAAACCAAUGAAAAACGAUUCUUCCAGACAAGGAGAGAGUGGUGUUUAUUGGAGUCUUCCUCAUUGCUUCACUCCACCUCGUGAAGAUAUUGACAAAGCGAAAAAGCAUGCAAUGGUUUAUGAUGUGGCAUUCAAUCCAAAAGCGUUCGAGCUAGCUAAGUCAUCCAUUGCUUUGAGAAGAUUGUUAGAUACAACAGCAGUUGAUAGUGUGCAGAAGCAAUAUAAUUUGUGCCUUGGAAAAACAUUCUCACAAGCACAACAGUUAUUUAGUUGCAGAAAAAAUAGGGAAUCAAAGCAUUCUCUAAAUGGGCCAUCUCCUACUGAUUCCGUUGGUGAGGACUGUUUGCUCAAGGCUGUUCAUCUCUUAAAAGGUGUGCCCUACAAAGGCGUUUCUAGACCGACAGUAAUCAGGCGUCGCCGUUCAGAUUACGAAGAACGCCAAGCUGAGAUAAAAAAACGGGAAGCUGAAGAUUUAAAGUUGUGUAGUUCUGCAGAACAAAAACAAGCAAUCAAGAUGUUAUCCUCUUUUCGUAAUUGUGGUAAUCCUGAGGGUUUAUCCGAUGGGGCCAGUAAGAACGAGGAGACUGUCAAAUCGGAUAAAAUAAGUACACCUACUAAACCUGAUUAUUCUAUAACAUACAGUUCAGAUUUUGACCUAAGUAACUGUCGAAAUUCUAAUGAUGUGAAUCCUUUACGUCCACCCGAUCGUUUAAAAAUCAAUGUUAAAUUGCCUGGUUUAAGUUCCUCUUCAUGUGUUGACUUGGAAGUGACAGAAAUGCACAUACAUUUGAGUAGUCGAAAACCAAUUGCAUAUUUGCUUGACCUGAAAUUACCCUAUAAAGUGAAAGAUGCUGAAGGAACAGCAAAAUUUGAUAAAUCUACUCACACUCUAUGUAUUACACUACCGAUUGUUAAAAACGUGAAAUCAACUACUUGUAAGCCUACUGACAGUAGUAUAAAUGGUGAUGAUGAAAAAGUUGUAGAGAACGAAACGAAAUCUGUUGAAUGCAGUUCCACAACAAACACUUCUGAUCUUGAAUCAGUUACAUUAAAUGCAGCAACUCGAAAACGUGCACGUCGAAAACGUCGGAAACAACGAACUAAAGCAAAUAUUGUUACAGAAAGCUCAAUGGAUACUUCAUCUGAUGGUGGAUCUUCAGUUUCAAAAUGUCCUAAUUUUAAUCUACCCGUAUCUUCUGUUGUUGCCGUUGAUAAGUCUGUAACGCAAACAGAAAAGCAAUCUGAGCAGUUAACAAAUACGUAUGAAAAGUUGUGCGAAAAUGAGAAGAACAUAGAAAACGAAAACCAAAUUACAACGUCUCAAUUAUCUACUGUUUUCAGUUCAUCAAAUUCCCCGGGCGUUGAAAUCAAAGUAAACCAGGUUCCAAGUUGUGAAAUGAUUUUGUCCAAAGAUAGACGCUUAGCACCAGUUCGUUUUCGACAAGAUCCAUUCUCCUUAACUGUUUUAUUGGAUGUGCGUGGUAUUUUGCCUAAAUCAUUCAUGAUAAAUUGGACUGAUCCUCUGCAUUUCAAAUUACCCGAUAAUACUGAUAUGCCUGAUUCAUCUUCAUCUCAGUUACUUUUACUAAUCACUUUUUCAAGUUGUGGGUCCGGUGGGUUUACUAUGGACUGGGGCAUAGUAUUACAAUGUCCGUCCUCUUCCACAACCAACAAAUAUGAAUAUACACUUAACGGUAUUACAGAUUCAUUUAACUCCUAUGGAGCCAGUGAAUCUUCCCUACGACCACAGAUAAUAUCCUGUCAUAUUUCUCCAACAAAUGGAGUUUUGGUUAUUCGUAAACCUUCGUGUAACUGUGAUAAUCUAUCUAUGAACAAGAAGUUAUUUAGUGAAAUGUUAUCAAGUCGUGCUGUUUGGUGGACAUCAGUUGCAACUGGGCGCACUUUAACAGCUGGUAUGGAAGAGUGUUCAUUCAUUGGAAUGGAAUCGUUCACACCACAUUAUAGACAAAAUAAUUUUCUACUUACCGAUGUUAAUGAAACUUCUGAUAACUGUUAUCGUGAUGGUGUUUUCUCCUCUACUCAACUGACCAAUGAAGUAUCUUCAAUCAAUAAUAGUUUAUCCUCUGAACCAUCAGUCAAUAAUCGGUUACUUCAUAAAAGUUGUACAUUGAAUCAGCAAAGUUUAAAGUCUGUAAAUGUCACCUCAUUGUCAGAUAAAUGUUGUUCCAUAGAAUGGGAUCCUACUGUUGAAUUUAUAGGUUCGAAAACCGACUUAAACUGUAACCUUAUGAAAAUAAAUGACUCUUGUUUUAUAUCUAAUCAUCAGUCAAAUUUAAUAAAUCAACAUAUAACUAACGAGAAUAAUAAUGAUAAUUACAUUGUCAGACGUCUCAGGUGUAAUUCAACUCCUGGUAAUCCAGGUCAGACUGGACCAGUAUUAAAGAGUAUUUUGAAACAACGUUCAAUAUCAGAAUCUAGCGGAGAUGAAAUGACUAUUUUAGAAGGUAAUAUUUUACGUGAUGCCGGUCUGGCUAGUAAUAGAGAGCAUCCUUUAACAUCGGAUGAAUUUCCUACCGCAAGUAGUGAUGAAAAUCACGAUUCAGUACUAUCAAAAUCUGAUUUUCGACGAUGUAUAUCUAGUGAUAAAUUAUCAGGGACAAUAAGUCAAUGUUAUCCUCAUUUGCCUAUAUGUAGACAACGAGUAAGAUCAGUGAGUUUCUGUCAACGUGAUCAACAUGUAGAUUUCUCACCUAGGGAUACAGUAGAAACACUGCAUCAUACAUUGUGCAAUUUGCGGUAAGUAUAAUGUUGUCGUGAAUUUUAAUUAUUAUUCGUUGUUUGGCUGUAACCAAAGUUUAUUAGUAAACUGAUUACUGUUUUGCUUGGAGACAGCCUAGGAGUUUAGAGACUACCAUGAAUCAUUGAGUCGAAGUUUUGAACUUACCCUAUUUGUUUCUUGCUGAGUAACAGGGUAAUUUCAGCAAACGUCAAACGAUAAUUGUGAUCAUCUGCUUAUUACAACCACUUGAAUCAAAUUAAUAAGUUUGCGGGGGGUAUUUCAGAGGUUCAGUCAGUCUAAUCUCAAUCAUUAGCUUUAUGACUCCAGUUAUUCUCUUGUUUAAUAUGGUGCGAGUUUUCAGAUUUCGCUAAUAGUCAUUACGGAAUACACUUUUAUGAACCCAAAAUUUUCCUACUAGAAGACGUUAUCAAUAGUAAACAACAAAGGUAAACUUAGCAUUUGGACUCGGUGAUAGUCAAAAUGUUUUUCGCAUAUAACUGUACCACUAGUAAGACUAGGCUACUUUAAACUAACUGUGAAGCAUGUAAAACAUGGAGCAAUACUAUACAGUUAGAAAAGUUCGACCCUAAAAAUGUCACACCUCACUUUACCUCACGGAUUUCCGUCUCCGGCGGUAAGGCCCUUUGAAGAACGGAGCUAACAAGUUAAACACUUCCCACAAAAAGGCCGUGUGUGUCCAGCCCCAAGCAGUUGUCCCUUGGGCUCUGUGGCCACGCUCCCAGGUCAUUAAGACCAACACUAAUCUGACUUCACUUUCAACGUCCUCAAGAAAUACCCUACCACGGUGUGGGCAGCUGGGAAUCGACAUCAGCCCUCAUACCCGUAGCAGCACACAAGACCAAGUUGGUCAUAAUCAAAUUCUUCCUACACAUCUUAAUAACUCUCUUAUCUCCACGACUAGCCCUUCUCACGUUCCUUUAUCACCUCGCGCCGCUAUUGCAAACAAUUCGAGUACGUGGGACGUUAUUCCCGGUCUCCUGAAAUCAUGCUCCAAACUUCAUGUAGGAGCUUUUAACGUCCGAACAGUGUGGCAAAUUGGACGAUAGGUUUCCUUAGCUAGGACUUUAGAAUCUCGCGUCAUUGAUGUGUGUUGCGUCUCCGAAAAGCACAUACAGGAUCCGAGUAGUGUCAUUUAUCUGACCUCACCACAUCAAAAUAAAGUGCCAUAUCGAUUCACGCCUCGUGUAUCCAGAAUUCCUGAUGCUGCUUCUACUCAAACACAACUGGUCGAGUGAAAGCUUAUAGCGAACUAUCGUCAGAAUUGAUUACAUCAAAUGGUGUUCGUCAGAGCUCCCCAUUCUUGUUUAACUUUGUCGUUGAUGUGCUUUUAAAGAUGACACUUUCCUCAUCUAAAUUUUCAGGGGUCGAACUUCUACCGGUAGAUUCACCUGUUGACUUAGAAUAUGCCGAUGACAUAGUUCUAUUUGGUGAAGACGCUGACAAAAUGCAGAGCCUUCUGACCACUAUAAGCAACAAUGCAAGCAUGUUCGGGAUGCGAUUCUUCCCCUCAAAAUGCAAAAUUUUACUUCAGGAUUGGGUUGCAAUGAUAGGGAGUGAAGUAGUUUAGCGUGUCGACCGCUUCACUUAUCUUGGAAGUUUCAUCAGACUUUGUUGUCUGGUAUGUGACGAAAUCUCAGCACGAAUACAGGAGGCUCAACUAGCUUUUGCCAACUCGCAUCAUUUAUGGCGUAGGCGAGAUAUCCGUUUACCAACCAAAGGACGUGUUUACUGCGCGGCAGUUCGUUCGUCCUACUUUAUAGCAGUGAAACAUGGCCGAUAAGAGUAGAAGAUAUUCGUAGGCUACUAAUUCUCGUCUCUUCCUCGGUCGGAUAAGACUAGACAAACGGUUUUACUGAUUUUCCUCAUCCUUUGUUCGUUUUCCUUCACCUCCUUUUGUAUGUAUUCUCCACUGUCAGAUCUUCCGCACACUUAACACGACUUCAAUGAUCGUUUCUGUAAUGCCUAUUCUCUUAUUUUCUGACGCACUUCUUGUAUUGAAUCCUUGGUUGAAAGUUUUGCCAUUUCUGUCACUUCCAGUAUGUCUGUCAUCUUACUGUCAGUUCGUAUUUUCUGCUUUCUGUAAUUAGUUAUGUAAUCUAUUUGAUUGUUAUCAUUGACCCAUAAACUGAUUUGAUUGCUUUUGGUAGUUUUCAUAUAUGGAGGUAGAUAUUAUUGUAUUUUAAGGUAAAGCCCGAUAUGACAGUCUAACUGAAAGCAAUAAUGUUCACUUAUAUAUGUUGUGAUGGUUUUCACGAUCGGAACUUCUAACAUUUAUAAUGUGUUCGUACUUUAAAAGAUCAUUCGUUGUGGAGGAUGUUACCUUUUUUAUCGAUAAUUCGUUUCACAGGAAAAAUCUCCGUAAACGUGAUGCUCGCCGUCAUCGUGCAAGUGGUGGAAAUUCAAAACAAUCAGAAAAUGUCAAAAACGCGCCUUCUAAAACGAGUGUUGAUAUUAAUACUCCUACACUUAGUACAUACAUAUCUUCAAACGGUUCAUUGUCUUCGUCGAUUGAAGUUGACCAUUGCAGCAAGAAUUCCAGUUGCUUGGUUUCGGAACAAAACAAUCCUAAUUCAACCGAAUCUAUUCGUACAAGUACAUUUCACGAUUCCUUCACUCUUCAUGAAUCAAAAACUAAUAUCCCUGUACAUUCUCGUUCUGAUUCUGAUCGUGAGAACUUACCUAUUUUACAUUCCGAAUCCAACCACUCUCAGUCAUCAAGUUCCAAAGUUAUUUCAAAAUGUGAUGAGGAAACUUCCGAAACUGUUCCCAAACACCGUGAAACUAUCGAUGCUGAUGGUAUAACAAAUAGUAACUUUUCAGCUGUUCACUUAACUGCAUCACCAAUUUUAGAGUUAGAUGAAGAAUGAUUUUUUUUGUGUAAACUCUUUGAAUUCAUUUCUUAAAUAACGCAUUUGGGUUAUUUAAUAAGAUUGAGUUUGACUCAUAUAAUAAGAACCCUUUAAGCGUUAUUUCAUAUUGUCUUCGUGGGCGUUUGUUUAUUGUAUGCACUUUAUCUACCCUG